AUAAUUUAGCGCCGCGUUAUGUUCGCAAUGAAUGGUGUAGGAUCUUGUCAACUGAUCAUCUCUUCUACAAGAUGUCGACAUGAUGAGAUCCGAGAUCUUGUCAUCUGAUCAUCUCUUCUAAAAAAUGUCGACAUGAUGAGAUCCGGGAUCUUGACAUCUGAUCAUCUCUUCAAAAGGAUGUUGACAUGAUGAGAUCCGGGAUCUUGUCAACUGAUCAUCUCUUCUGAAAGAUGUCGACAUGACGAUAUCCGGGAUCUUGUCAUCUUAUCGUCUCUUCUAAAAGAUGUUGACAUGAUGAGAUCCGGGAUCUUGUCAUCUCAUCAUCUCUUCUAAAAGACGUUGACAUGAUGAGAUCCGGGAUCUUGUCAUCUCAUCAUCUCUUCUAAAAGAUGUUGACACGAUGAGAUCCGGGAUCUUGUCAUCUCAUCAUCUCUUCUAAAAGAUGUUGACAUGAUGAGAUCCGGGAUCUCACCAUCUGAUCUUUUGCUAUCAUGAUGUCGACUUCCCAAGAUAAUUAUCUCAACAUCUCGGUGGCACUUUUAAGCUUCCAUAGUACACUGCAUGCCGUCAGAGUGGUCAAACGCAUGCCGUGUAUUACUGCCCUCUACGUUCGUUGAGAAAUAAUACAGAUCUAGAGCUUUCACAGCGCAGACUUUGCAGAGACUUUUAGAAUGGCGUCGAAAGUGACUUUCAAGAUAACGCUCACUUCGGAUCCAAAACUUCCCUUCAAAGUACUAAGUGUACCAGAAGCAACACCAUUUACAGCUGUACUCAAGUUUGCUGCUGAAGAGUUCAAAGUUCCUCCUGCUACAAGUGCAAUCAUCACAAAUGAUGGCAUUGGAAUCAACCCAGCCCAAAGUGCAGGGAACGUCUUCCUCAAGCAUGGUUCUGAGCUGAGACUAAUACCCCGAGACAGAGUAGGAUCUUAUCUUUGAUAGAAUUGAAACAAUAUGCUUACAAACUCUCAGCAAAGAUGAGCAGAAUGAAUAAUCUUUGGAGGUUGCAAUAUGAUAUCACAGCUCACUGGGUAAUCUUACCAGUGUACCUAUUUAUAUUCAUAUAUUUAGCCAUGCAUGCUUCAAAUCAGGAUUUUUAAGAUUGAUUGUAUUACUAAUGUAGAGCCAUUAGAAAGUGUACUUCAGUUACCCUUUAAUAUGUAAUUCAACAUGUACUUUGUACAUAAAGAAAGCACUUACUAUUUUGUUUUGUUUUAUUGUGUGGGGGCAGACAAGGUAAAGUUGUGUCUUAUGGAAUAGCUUCUAUUUCGGAUUGGUUUAGAGAAUGAGGGUAGAGUUGUGAAUACCGUGGGCGUCGGUGCAGGUGAUUAUCCUUGUUCAUUUGGGAGCAUCUAUUGUUGCGUCCCCUCAACACAAAAUAUAAUACUCUGUUCCGACGCCCAUGGUGAAAACCACGGUGGGAAAACAAAUCAAGUACUGUGCUAUCUGAACUUCAGAGUAGAUGUAAUUUCAAGGUGGAAGUUUUUUAUAUGAAGCUGAAAAGUUAUAAACAACUUUAGGGCAAAAUAUGAUGUUCGAAGGUUUGCAUGGUGGUAUGAACAAUCCCAGAAGUGGUUUACGGUACACCAUGUGUAAAGAAGAAGACAGACAUUCAACCUGCCUGAAACGGUGAUUCUUCUCUCCUGCUACCAUUACUACUCCAUUCACCGACUCAAGCCAGCCUUCUCUCAUCUACUCAAGCCUCUCACCCUGCCUACUUCUCAGCUUUCCACUCCUUCUGGUCUACAGUCCUUAUAGGGAUUACACUCAUUUGAAAAGAAUACUCUACUUCCCAACCUCCACUUUCUCGCCUUUCCAUUUCACCUCCAUUUCUAUCCACUUUUGUCUCAAUCCCUCCAGGACUUUACACAUGGUGUACCGCUAAACCACUUCCGCGAUUUAGGGCACAGGUUUUGAAGUCUGUUAAAGUAGGGCAAGCUUCACAUCAAAUGUGAUGUUGAAUAUGCAUAAUACAUUUUUAGAGCAAAAUGUGUUAUUUGCUACAAUCUCACUGACAUCAUAAAACAAACUGUCCUCCUUCAUUAAGACAUCACCAAAUAAUAAAUACAACUUUGUGCUCAAAUUACAGCUUUUCAUGAUUUAUUUUUUAAAGCUAUGCAUAACUUUGAUAAAUAGCUCUAUGGAAAAUACCUUAUGUAUUAUUUUUUUAAUUAUUUCAACACAGAAGUCUGCCUUGGUCAUUACAACAACCUGUUCAUUUUUCCUAGCCUAGGCAAAUUUGAUAAUGCAGGAGUCAGUGGGUUCAAAUGGAAUUUUAUGUUAAUUGAAUGAUUUCAUGCAGUCUAUUAUACCCCUAACUGUCAAACAAAUGGGGUAUGAUAAGAAACAGUAAAUGGUGUUGGUGGACAGUCCAUCUGGCGUCAGUUGCAAGUUUCAUGGAUCAAACUGCUACCUCAGUUUUCGCCCAAUGCUCUUGAGACUUUGCACAAACAUUGGUUUUGAAGUGAAAGCAUGCAAGAAACAUUUUUACAAUUUUUAGAAUUAUUUCAAUGCCAUAGUAACUGCACAAUAUGGUGGUAAAUAAGGGGCAAAAUCUUGUGAAAUGAACUACUCCCUCAGUUUUAACCCAGUGCUCAUAAUACUUAGCACACAGCUGUACAUUGUUCACUAAUUAAAAAUGUGAAAGACAAUUUUCAAAAUGUUCAUCACAGAGGUCGCCAUGAUAAAGGAGUGCGGGAAAGCCGCUAUGUUGGUUUAGGGGUGGCAGGUCACAUCUGAAGACCACCUUUGUUUAUCUCAAAUGACCUUUUACUGCUCAUGUGCAUUUACAACUACUAAAAGCCUUUAUUGUCAGUUCGUUUCCUUUGGUUGCACAAGUUUCACUGACCAAUUUUGAUGUAUUUUGUUCAAUAGUUAUCAUAAAUGAUGGAAUGUAACUUUCAGAUGUUAACAUACACAUGCAAUAGCAACAAUGCAUAAUGAUUCAUUGCUACUGCUACUUGAAUAAUAAGCAUACAUGUACAUGCUUGUCUGUACUUAACCAGAAGAUGUGACUUGGAUUCCUAUGAGGGAUGCAUGACUCAAAGAAUUUGCCUUCAUGUUACACGCACAAGUUAAAGUUAAAAACUGCACUUUUACUAGUCUUGGAAGAUUAUGAGAGCAGGCCCUGUUACACAAAAAUGCAAUCAAUUUUUUUGUAAUUAAUUUGAAUUGUAAGUCUACGUAAAAUGUACCAAAAUGAUAGAUUGUAAGUCUUUAUUGAAUUCCUUUUUCCUCAUUACUUUUAUUUUUUGUAUCGGUCAAAGUUGAAUAUUUUUUUGCCAUUAGUAUCCUUUUCCAUGAAUUUUAUGCCAUAAUACUGUGUGAAAAUCAAUUUCAUUCCAGGGAUUUGUGAGAAAAAAAAUCUGAAUUUGUUCUUUCUUUUUCUUUUAUUGUAAUUAUCGUCAUUUUUUAAUUUAUUCAUUUUACUAUUGCCAGUAUGUAUUUGCAUUUUAAGAGAUAUGUUGCUCUCUUGUGUACAUGAUGUACCCAUUUUGAUGCAGCUAAGCUAUCAAGUGUAAAGAUCAAUCGUGGGAGCGUUUCAUCAACAUUUUCAUCUGACAAGUUGUCAUAUCUGACAACUUUCCUUGAUUCUUACUGGCUGAGAAGCAAUUCUACUAUAGCAACUGUUGAAUAAAUCUGGACUUGUCGAAUAUGUGUUUGAUCACAACUUCAGAAUGCAAUUUUAUUUUCACCCAAUCAGAAUUGUGCAUUUGAGACUACGUCAAUUUGAAUACAACUCUUCGGUACUGUGAAAUUAAUGAAAUUUCUGAUGCAAUUGACAAUGCAAACAGGAGCUGCAAAAGUUGUCCGUAGAAAUUGCAGAAUGACUCAUCAUUUUGUUAAGUUGAAGACGCACGUUGUGUGUGGUGGUUCAUGGUAUAAAAUAUAUUACGCUUUGAUCAUGCUUGAAUUACAUAUGAAGAAAAUAUAUUGUUUCAUUUAAAUGAAAUGAUAUGUUGUUGUGUAUUCAGCCAAAAGCCAAAAAUAUGCUUUUAUAAUCGAAGAAGGCAAUGUUGCCACUUUGACCCAAAGUGUGGUAUUUAAUUAAAAUGUUCUCAAAUCUUAGCUUUUUAAUACCUGCUUAACUUUUUUAUUAAUUUGGGCUCACUCUAUCCAUUUAUAUUUUUAUUGAUUUUUCACAUUUCUCUGACAUUUAUUAUACAUUCAUUUUUCAUGACUUUCCGUUUCUCUUUUGAAAUGUUUUACAAGGUAUUGUAUCAUGGAGCUACAUUGUAUAUUGCCAUUUACUAUAUGAGAAGAAACAAGUAAAAUACAUCACAGAUAUAUAUAUUAAA